UCUCAUAGUUCAUGAUAAAUAUCAUUAAAUAUAUAUAUAUCAACGCGUAACUGUGUACGUGUUGUUUGUAAAUGUAAAUUUGUUUUACAUGUCCUAAAUAUAAAAUGGGUAUAUUAGAAAAGAUAUCUGAAAUUGAAAAAGAAAUUGCUCGAACACAAAAGAAUAAAGCGACGGAAUAUCAUUUGGGACUGUUAAAAGCAAAACUUGCAAAAUACAGAUCACAACUUUUAGAACCACCUAAAAAAUCUGAAAAAGGAGAAGGUUUUGAUGUUUUAAAAUCAGGAGAUGCAAGGGUAGCAUUGAUAGGUUUUCCUUCUGUAGGAAAAUCUACUUUAUUAAGUACAUUAACACAUACAGAAUCUGAAGCAGCAUCGUAUGAAUUUACCACGUUAACUUGCAUUCCUGGUGUUAUUGAAUAUAAAGGAGCUAACAUUCAGCUUCUCGAUCUUCCUGGUAUAAUUGAAGGUGCUGCACAGGGUAAAGGAAGAGGAAGACAAGUUAUAGCUGUUGCAAGAACAGCAGAUUUAGUUCUUAUGAUGUUAGAUGCUACUAAACAAGAUGUACAAAGACAACUUUUAGAAAAGGAAUUAGAGUCAGUUGGUAUAAGACUUAAUAAAAGGAAGCCAAACAUAUAUUUUAAAGUUAAAAAAGGAGGUGGCUUGGCUUUCAAUUCCACGUGUCCAUUGACAAAAGUAGAUGAAAAAUUAGUUCAAAUGAUUCUACACGAAUAUAAAAUUUUUAAUGCUGAAGUUUUGUUUCGUGAAGAUUGCAGUGCGGAUGAAUUGAUCGAUGUAAUUAAUGCCAAUAGAGUUUAUUUACCAUGUCUAUAUGUUCACAAUAAAAUAGAUCAAAUAUCGAUAGAAGAGGUGGACAGAAUUGCUAGGCAACCUAACAGUGUAGUAGUUAGUUGUAAUAUGAAAUUAAAUUUGGACUUUCUGCUUGAAACGUUAUGGGAAUACUUAUCGUUAAUAAGAGUUUAUACAAAGAAACCUGGUCAACCACCAGAUUUUGACGAUGGUUUAAUAUUACGGAAAGGUGUUACCGUGGAACAUGUAUGUCAUGCAAUUCAUCGCACACUUGCUCAACAAUUUAAAUAUGCUCUCGUAUGGGGUACAAGUACCAAGUAUUCACCUCAACGGGUAGGAUUACAGCAUAUUAUGCACGAUGAAGACGUUAUUCAAGUAGUUAAAAAAUAAAAUUUAUAAAAUUAUAUGAAUUAUUACAUGAAUUCUAUGAUA